GCAGAUCAGCUGGCGAUGGAGCAAUUCACGGAGGGCUCCGGGCAUGGGCCGGCUCGGUCAGGCUAUGAACGCCUGACCGCAGAUGAAAUGGAUGAGAAAAGGCAUCAGAAUGAGGCCUACCAAUAUCUCUGUCGCUUGGAGGAAGCCAAACGCUGGAUGGAGGCCUGCUUGAAGGAGGAUUUGGCUUCACCCACCGAACUGGAGGAAAGUUUGCGGAACGGCGUCAUCUUGGCCAAACUUGGCCACUUCUUUGCUCCAGAUGUGGUUCCCUUGAGGAAAAUCUAUGAUCUAGGUCAAGCUCGUUUCAAGGCAUGCGGGCUACACUACCGUCACACAGACAACAUCAACUACUGGAGGGAUGCUAUGAGUCACGUUGGAUUACCUACGAUCUUCCACCCUGAGACGACAGACAUCUAUGACAAGAAAAACAUGCCUCGUGUCAUCUAUUGUAUUCAUGCUUUGAGUUUAUACCUGUUUAAAUUGCGGCUGGCUCCCCAGAUCCAGGAUUUGUAUGGGAAAGUGAACUUCACAGAUGAGGAAAUAAAUCAUAUGAAGUGCGAGCUGGAGAAAUAUGGCUUGCAGCUGCCGUCGUUCAGCAAGAUAGGGGGAAUCCUUGCAAACGAGCUCUCCGUGGAUGAAGCAGCAGUGCAUGCUGCAGUCCUUGCUAUCAAUGAAGCAGUGGAGGCAGGGAUUGUGGAACAAACCAUGACGGCCCUACACAAUCCCAGUGCCAUGUUGUGUGAUCUUCGGGAAAACCUUGCUGCCGUCUAUCAAGAGGUACUCUAUCAGGCCAAGGUGGAGAAAGCCAGCAAUGCUAAGAACCAGGAAUGGAAAGAGAUUCCCGAAGGUGAAGACAUUUACGAUCGGUGUCUAACUCAGGCUGAGAUACAGGGCAACAUCCACAAAGUUAACGUGAAAGGUGCUCUAGAGUUGGUGGAUGACGCCCUAGAGGGACAGGAUCCACAGGCCUUGUACUGUGCUCUACAGGAUCCCACCCUAGCCUUGAGGAAUCUGCAGCGGGAGAAUGCAGACUGGUACCUGGAUCAGCUGAGUGCUGACCGGGAACAGAAGGCACUGGAGCUCGGCUACGUUGAUUUGCUUGAACAAGAGGAAAUACAAGCUGGGGUUUAUGCGGCCAAUGAGAGAGGAGAUCGGGAACGUGCUGUGGUGCAGGCCGUGAGACACAUCAACGCCUCCAUCCGAAGAGGGGUAGCAGAAGAAACCACGCGGGCCCUGAUGAACCCAGAGGCUCAGCUGCCGGAUAUCUUCCCCUUUGCUGCACACCUGUACCAGCGGGAAUUGUCUGUGUUGCAACAGCAGCAGCCGCAGGGCGAUUUGGCCCAAGAGGAGCUGUUUGUUGCCGUGGAGAUGCUGUCUGCGGUGGCCCUUGUUAACCAAGCCCUUGAACACAGAGAUGCCGGCAGCUUCUGGAAGAUUCUGGUCAGCCCCAGUUUAGGUCUGUCAGAGAUAGAGGAUGCCAAUGCACAGCGUUAUUUUGAUGACUUAUUGAAACGGAAGCACCACUCUCAAGAAGGAAGGAGUGAGUUCCUGAGCUGGAAUGACAUCCAGGCAUCCGUGAAUGAUGUGAAUGUCUUGGUCCAAGAGGAAAACAACAAAAUCCUUGCUGUCCGACUGGUCAACGAGGCUUUGGACCAGGGUAGCCCAGAAAAAAUGCUCACUGCUUUGCUGCUGCCGUCUGCUGGCCUGUGUGGCGUGACCCUGCCAAAUGCUAAGCGGUACCAUGAUGUUCUGAUCCGUGCACGGAAGCAGAAAAUGCAGGCAAGCGGGGACACCGGAGCCAUGCUGUGGUGGGAAGAGAUUCAGGCGGGGGUUGCCAAAGCCAACCAGGACUCAGAAGCAGCAAAGAGAAUGGCUCUAGGCAUUGCCGCUAUUAAUCAGGCCAUAAAAGAGGGAAACGCAGCACAAACGGUCAGGGUCCUACGCAAUCCAGGUGUGUCCCUGUGUGGCGUGGUGAUGGACUGUGCCAGAGCGUAUCAGGUGCAGCUUAAUGCCAUCAUGGCGGCUAGAAAAUCACCAGGGAAUGCAAAAGCCCACUGGGUCCGGCACAAGCUGAAAGAUGGAGCAGAGUAUUACUUCAGCCUCCAGACGUUUGAAGGCUUGUGGGAUCAGCCGCGCCCCUGUGUCCUUAAUCCCACACAUCUCAGCAGGGAGGAAAUCCAGUUUGCAAUCACCAGAGUGACAGCUGCCCAUGACCGAGAACGCCUCUGGAAAUCGAACGUGCGGUUGGUCGUUCAGCUGCAGGCCCACAUGAGAGGCUUCCUUGUCCGGCAGGACUUUGCAACUCGCUGGCACCUCUUGUCAAAGCAGGUCCCGGCUGCUAUUAAAAUUCAGGCCUAUUGGCGUGGAUACCAACAGCGGAGGAGCUACCUGGAAAGACGGCAGUAUUUGCAGGACAAUGUAGAUGCGGUAAUAAAGAUACAAGCUUGGGUACGGACGUGGCAUGCGCGCAAAAGGUAUCUAGAACGGCUGCGCUACUUCAGGAGGAACGUUAAAGCUAUAAUUAAAAUUCAGGCGUUUGUGCGAGCUAAUAAGGCACGAGGAGAUUACAGGAUGCUGGUGCACAGUCGCAACCCGCCCCUCAGCAUUGUCCGGCGUUUCGCCCACCUGCUGGAACGGAGCCAGCGUGACUACUGGGAGGAACUGGAGCUGCUGGAUCUCCAGGAGAGCGUGGUGAGGGGGAUCCGUUCCAACCAGCAGCUCGAGAGCGAUCUCAACCUCAUGGAUAUCAAGAUUGGAUUGUUGGUGAAAAACAGGAUUACCCUCCAGGAGGUGGUCUCUCACUGUAAGAAGCUGACCAGGAAGAACAAGGAGCAUCUCUCGGAUUUGAUGGGCCUAAACAAGCAAAAAGGGCUGAAAGCCCUCAGCAAGGAGAAGCGGGAGACCCUGGAGGCAUACCAGCACCUCCUCUACCAGCUGCAGACCCACCCGCUGUAUUUGGCCAAGCUGAUCAUGCAGAUGCCGCAGAACAAGUCCACCAAGUUCAUGGAGUCGGUGGUCUUUACGCUCUUCAAUUAUGCCUCCAAUGCCAGGGAGGCCUAUCUCCUGCUCCAGCUCUUCAGAAGCGCCUUGCAGGAAGAGAUCAGGUUAAAAGUCGAUCGAAUCCAGGACAUCCUAACAGGGAAUCCAACGGUGAUCCGCUUGGUGGUCAGCUUUUAUCGGAACGCCCGUGGGCAGAAUGCCUUACGCCAAAUCCUGGCGGGGCCCGUGCAAGAGGUUCUGCAGAACAAAACCCUCAGCAUCCGCACCAGCCCCGUGGAGAUCUACAAAGGCUGGAUCAACCAAAUGGAGUCUCAGAGCGGGCAAAAAAGCACCCUCCCAUAUGACGUUAGCCCUGAGCAAGCCCUCGGCCACCCUGAGGUGCAGAGAAGGUUGGACAUCUCCAUCCGCAAUCUCCUGGCAGUGACAGACAAGUUCCUGUCAGCCAUCAUGACGUCUGUGGACAGCAUUCCUUAUGGGAUGCGCUACAUUGCCAAAGUCUUGAAGAUGUCUUUAACUGAGAAGUUUCCAAAUGCUUCUGAGGAGGAGAUCUACAAGGUUGUCGGGAACCUGCUGUACUACCGUUUCAUGAAUCCUGCGGUGGUAGCUCCAGAUGGUUUUGAUGUUGUUGAUGUUUCCGCGGGGGUAGCACUCCAUCCCGACCAUAGGCGCAACUUGGGCUCCAUCGCCAAGAUCUUGCAACAUGCCGCAGCUCACCAGAUGUUUGAAGGGGAAAACAGCCAUCUCAGGGUGGUAAACCAGUACCUGGAGGAAACGCACCAUAAAUUCAGAAAAUUCAUCACUGCUGCUUGUUUAGUACCUGAACCAGAGGAAAGGUUUAAUGUAGACAAGUACUCCGAUAUGGUGAUGAUCACCAAACCAGUGGUCUACAUAACGGUCGGGGAACUAAUUAAGACACACAAGCUGUUACUGGAGCACCAACAGUCUAUGGCUCCUGAUCCUAAUGACCCUUUACACGAGCUUUUAGGAGACCUGGGGGAGUUGCCCACCAUCCAGUCCUUAAUAGGUGAAAGUGUGGGGAAUGGAGCUGAUGGAAACUCAGAACAAACCCUGUCUCAGCUUGCCAAGACCGAGUUCUCCCUUACCCUCACCAAUAAAUUUGAUGUGUCAGAGACCAACAUUGAGGAGAAGGAUACCAAAAGCUUGUUGCUAAGCACCAAACAAAUGCUGGUGGACGUGAUCCAGUCUCAGCCUGGAGACUCCCUUAUGGAGAUACUGUGGACAAAGGCAUCAGAGGAUGAGGAAGUCCUCCACCACCACCUCAUGAAGAGAAGGGCCUUAUGCGAUGCUCAGGCCCCGGACAAACUGAGGCGCAAUCGCUCCCUGGCUGGCAACAGUCAUCUCUCGAUAGAGGAGAAGAAGAGGAAAGUCAUCAAGAAUUUGCGGCGGCUCGAAAGUCUGGGAGUGGUCGAUUCCGCCAACCAGUAUCAAGAGGUCGUCAACGAGAUGGCCAAGGAUAUUCGCAACCAGCGACAAUACCGGCAGCACCGUAAGGCAGAGCUGGCAAAACGGCAGCAGACCCUUCAUGGCCUCGACUCCAAGAGGAUGUUCUACGAGGAGCAGGUGGAUUACUACAAUCAGUACAUCCGGACCUGCCUGGACAACCUUGCAGCCAGAAACAAGCCUAGCAAGAAGCAAGCGACGCUCCAUUACACUGCAGCCCGUCUCUUUGAAAAAGGCGUCUUGCUGGAGAUCGAAGACCUCCCGGUCAGCCAGCUCAGGAAUGUCAUUUUUGAUAUUGUUCCCUGCGAAGAAGCUGGCCAGUUUCAGGUGAAGGCGAAGUUUAUGGGGAUCGACAUGGAGAAGUUUCCGCUCCAUUACCAGGACCUCCUCCAGCUCCAAUACGAGGGUGUCGCUGUCAUGAAAAUGUUUGACAAGGCCAGAAUUAACGUCAACCUCUUGAUCUUCCUCCUCAACAAGAAGUUCUUCAAGAAAUAGCUGGAGGCACUAAGGGGGUGGGAAUUGGGCAAGGGUUCUGGGAAAUUAACACAGAGAAUAUGUUGUAAAGAAGGGGGCGGUCAACUUAUGCCAAAGAAACGGCGGUACUCCAAAACCAUUAAAUGCUCUGUUAAUAAAAGCACAGCCAUCAACUUGAAGUGGCUGGCCCACUGCUCAUAAUCAGCCUGUGUCUGGGCUAUUCCUUUUUAGACUGGCGGGAGCCCCCCAGAUAAUUGAAUAUUAUUCCAUAUGACGGUAUCUCUGCACAUAGAAAGGUAGCAUAUCAGGAAGAAGGGUUGGCUUUAGGAUCUUGAUAUGCUAGCUUUUAUAUGCUAGCUUUUCAUCCCUUUUAUGCAGGGAGGAACUCUUCUCCCUGCAGUGAAAUCCUUUGCAUGUAGAAAACUAGCAAAUCCCCAACCGUCUCCUCAACCUGCUAUUUUUCCAUGUUCAGGGAAUUUGUGUGUAUGUUUGAAAGAA